CUAUCUAGAUCCGUAAUUGGCUCAGAUUGAGGGCGGGCAAGGAGCCCUGCCCUGCUGAGCACCAACUGGCUAGCGUUGUUGUCAAUCAUCAGAAACAUACUCCUCCGGGUCUCCAUUUGGCCAGCUGCGGUUGAAAUUUUUUUUCAAGAAUUUCCAGGAGUGGAGGAGGCUGUGGCUUCUCUAAAUUGCUUGGUCUGGAGAUCAGAAUCAACAGAGAAAUCAGCUUUAUUUAUCAUCCAAGAAAGCCUUCCCUUCCUUCCAUUAGCCAAUUAAGAAAUUUUCAGACACAAGCCAUUACAAGGAGCUGCAGGAAUAGAAACUGCGAAGCCCCUUACCCCCAGGUGCGCACCAACCCGGUUGAGCAGAUGUGGCCUCUGCUGGACCCGUACCCCGGCUAUCUAUCUAUUCAUGGGUGUGGAACCAUCCUGAGAGCAUUAUCAGCCUACCAGGGACUACAUGCAUAAAGAAAAACUGACUUCCCUCUCCAAAGAAUGUCCAUAGCACCUCAGGGGUAUAUCCUUUUUCUUCAAGGAAUUCUAUUAUUGCCCUAUUUGUCUUUCCCUGUGACUGGGGCCUUUGGCGUUGCACUAUGUUAUCAACGGCCUUCAUUACUUUGGUGAGAAGUGGUGGGAACCAGGUGAAGAAGAGAGUGUUGUUAAGCUCCAUCCUCCUGCAGGACCACAGACAGAUGACUCCUGCCUGCUACUGCUCCAUUUCGGAGCCCAGGUGUUCUCGGUUUGAUCCGGACGGAAGUGGGCAGCCAGCCACUUGGGACAAUUUUGGGAUCUGGGAUAACCGCAUUGAUGAGCCAAUUCUGUUGCCACCUAGCAUCAAGUAUGGCAAGCCAAUUCCCAAAAUUAGCCUGGAGAACGUGGGCUGUGCCUCCCUCAUUGGCAAACGAAAAGAAAACGAAGAUCGAUUUGGGUUCGCACAGUUGACAGAAGAGGUGCUAUACUUUGCAGUCUAUGAUGGGCAUGGAGGCCCUGCAGCUGCUGACUUCUGUCACACACACAUGGAAAAAUGUGUUACGGAUUUGCUUCCUCGGGAGAAAGACUUGGAAACUGUCCUGACCUUGGCCUUUCUAGAAAUAGAUAAAGCCUUUUCAAGUUAUGCCCACCUGUCUGCUGAUGCAAGCCUCCUGACCUCUGGGACUACUGCAACAGUAGCCCUGUUGAGAGAUGGUGUUGAACUGGUGGUAGCCAGUGUUGGAGACAGCCGGGCUCUUUUGUGUAGAAAAGGCAAACCCAUGAAGCUGACCACUGACCAUACCCCAGAGAGAAAAGAUGAGAAAGAAAGGAUCAAGAAAUGCGGUGGGUUUGUAGCUUGGAAUAGCCUGGGACAGCCCCAUGUAAAUGGCAGACUUGCGAUGACAAGGAGUAUUGGAGAUUUGGAUCUUAAAGCCAGUGGUGUAAUAGCAGAACCUGAGACAACCAGGAUUAAGCUCUACCACGCUGACGACAGUUUCCUGGUCCUCACCACCGACGGGAUUAACUUCAUGGUGAAUAGUCAAGAGAUCUGCGACUUUGUCAACCAGUGCCACGAUCCUAAAGAAGCAGCUCAUGCAGUGACUGAGCAGGCAAUUCAGUACGGUACUGAAGACAACAGCACUGCCGUAGUGGUGCCCUUUGGUGCCUGGGGAAAAUACAAGAACUCCGAGAUAACCUUCUCAUUCAGCAGAAGCUUUGCCUCCAGCGGGCGAUGGGCCUGAUCGUCAGCUCAGAGUCGGUGUUCCUGUGCAGCAGUGUGUCAGUGGGCUUAUCGAGAAACUGGUAACACACAGAAGGCCACCUGUACCCGUGUGUCAUUGUGACUUGAUAGAUCCCAACAGAGUAUAUAUAAGCUUACCAGCCGCACACCCAGUAGUAUUUUCAUAAAUCUGCCUCAUCAUUAUGGUCAACUGCACAUGCUCAGUGUAAGCACGGUCAUCAUUAUGGUCAACUGCACAUGCUCAGUGUAAGCACGGUCAUCAUUAUGGUCAACUGCACAUGCUCAGUGUAAGCACGGUAACACAGCUGUGAAGCCGAUGCGCGUCUCUGAGCUGAGUGGGAGAAGAAGCGGUUUUGGUCCAUUUGAUGAGUGAUAAAUCUAUUUGGCUUUCUAAGUUUUUAAGACUAAGAGGCAGAUUUAGUUUCUUUUUAGUAAAUUUGUUCAUUAUUUAGUUGGACAGUUUGUUUUCUAAAUUUUGAUUGCUAGCCAAUCUGUUUUUGCAAGUGUUUCUUUUUCCAUUCUCCGUAGAAAGCAGGUCCUCACUGACUGACCUUGAACUCCUGGUUCAAACGGUCUUCCCACUUCAGCUUUUACCUUUUAAUUUUUAAUUUUUUUAUUUUUUAGAGCAGAACAAGCAUAGAUUUAUUCAAGAAGUGUGAGAAACAUAUACCCAGGAGAUGGGGAAUUCCAAGAAAGGAAUACAAGGGUUGUUUUUAAUUAAUGUACCAAGGAGUGAAAAUAAAACCUAGGUUCUCUGUUACUCUGUUACGGUGUACUCUGGAUCACUUAUUAGGAAAUUUAACCUUGCAAAAGAUAUGGCUAAAGUGUAUACAUAUUUAUAGAUAGCUUUCUUGUGCCCUUCCCCAUCUAUUUCUAUUUUUAUGUAGUUAAAUAUGCUAUAUAGUUGUAACUGUACCUUAAUCUCCAAGACUGUACAGACUCUUUGGUCAAAAUAUGUAAAGUGAAACACCGACAACAUCAGUCUUGUGUAAGUUUGCUGCUGUGUGUUUUGUGAAUAGUAUGUUUAUAUCACUUUCUGUGCACACAGUAAACAAUUUGAGUCCUUUAUUAGUAAAGAUAAUAUUAUAACAACUAAUACUGUUAUAGACAUAGCUUGGGGUUUAUGUCCCCAUUUUCCUUGUUUCUAAGAUUUAUGCGAAAGAAUAAAUCUUUUAAAAAGGAUGUUCAAACACAUCAGCUUGCUAUGUAAAUUAGGGGUGUAAAACCACACCCCUUUUUACCUACAUGUAAAACUUCUGUCAAACUGUGAAUCCCUGAAUGUGUGUUUGGAAUUGAUCUAUAUUUUCACAGGGUAAUGUGAAUUUGAUGUAUGUGCAGUGAGUGUAUAUAUGUAUAUUUUGAAGUAAUAUAAAAUUAAAGGGAACAAUCUUGUGGAGCAUUUAUCAGCUAGAUGUAAAUUAUUGAUUUAUUUAUCUCUAAGGACACUCAACACAUUGAGUGUCAGAUUCUCUGUAGUAAAGAAUCAGUGGUUAUUGGUAGAUAACCACUAUAUAUUAAAAACAAAUAUGAGGGCCAGAUAUGAUGGCCUAUACCUAUAAUCUCAGGCCUUAAGGAGGAGACAAGGGAAUCAGGAUGCUAACUUUGAGAUUAGCCUGAGCAAGUUCCAGGGUAGCCUGAGUCACAGCUUGUCUCCCAAAACAGAAUAUCAACAACAAAUGGCUGUAAGAGACAUUUUAUUAUGUGUGAUAACCAAAGAACAGGAGCAGACAUGUUGUGUGGUAAUUUGAAUAUGAAAUUAUGGGAUCUGAAAAGAACAGGAAAUGUUAAAAGCAACUUGGACUUUGGUGGCAGAAACAAAAACAAUGAAAUAUAUAUAUACCUGUCAAAUCUGACAUGUUUUCUUUCUUUAACUUUUGUUUCAAGUAUUUAGUAGAAAUAAAGAAUAAGUUCUCAAUAAAGAAUCUAAUGUCUUUUCAUGGA